GGAUUCUCCGUCAAGCGUCACGUGUGGCGGAUAGCGAGCUGCGUCGUCGUUUUUCAGAACGAAGCACAGGCGCGUCUCAAGUUUUGGAGAACAAAGGCUUUCUUUGGCUACUCGCAAAGCGAGAGGGAGAGAGAGGCGCUAACCCAGCAACACACAUACACAGCGAGAGAGAGAAAGAGAGAGAGAGUGGCGUCAGCUGAUACAACGCUGUGUUGUAUAUGUGUGCGCGAGUGUGUGGGAGUGACGCGCAUACUAGGCUGGACUUUUAAAUUUAGCAAGGUGCACACGACAUCGAGUCCAGGCGUCGUUUUCAACGGCGCUCGAUAGCUGUACAGACCGAACCACGGGAUGUGCCGCGAAGCAAGCAGCGUGUCAUGGUAAGGCGAGGCUAGCGACAGGCGACGAGGGAAGAAGAAGCAGGAGCGCUGUCCGUUGGUAGGCGAGGAUGGAGCGGCUGUCGAGAUUGCUGGCCAACUACUGGCCGGGUUGCGAGGCGCGCAGACUGGAGGCCGAGCGCAAAGCACGCGAACUGCAGGAGCAGGAGGCGCGCCAGAGGAGACUGAGCCGGUGCCAGUGCGCGCUGGUGAUGGUCGUCAGGCAGUACUACGACGCUCUGGCGACGGCGCUUCGCGGCGAAGAGAAGUGCGUCUCCAGCGUCGUCGUCUUCAACGUCAUAUUCUGGGGAUUCAUGGCUCUCGAAGUGCGAGGCAUCUUAGCGGCCAGCAGUGCCGCUCUUGCCUUGGCCAUCGCUUACGGCCGACUGGAGAACUCCGAUGACCUAGAAUUCACCGCUCGAAUGUCGCAGUCAGCGGCGCAGCUCGAAAAAUUCAUGAAGCACGUCAAAUGGCUGUGGGACUACGUGCGCGAGGUGUACCAGGAGCAGCCACGAGCGUUUUGUGUGAUGCUGCUGUCCCUCGUGUUCGUCACGUGGUUCAUCGCACGCACCCUCGGCAAUAUUCUCUUUGCCUACGUUGUGUGCAUGACGUUCUUAAUCGCACCCACGCUCGUGCAUCGGUUUUACAGUGACGAGCUGUACAGUAAAGAAUGGGAUAGUGAGAUCGAAGAAUUUUUACCAGCGGUAACGGAGGACAAUCUUCAAGUAUUAAAACGAGCUGGUGAAACAGGUGAUCAUUCGCCAACACCACCGAGUUCAGGCUCUGAACCGUCUCCUGCAUAUCACUUCGACGAGGAACUCGUAGGCUUGAGAAUGCCAGCACAUGAUGACGGCAGUAUAGACGGCCUGGAAUUAUCGGAAUUGGAGUUAAGCAGCGUUGACACCGAUAUCGACGGUAUCCGAUUUAAAAGCGGUCCUUUCCAACGUGAGAGCAGCAGUUCCUCAUCGGAUGAUGAAGUUGAUCUUCGAAUAAAUCCAAAAAAACUCGCUGAGAUCGUCGAUACCGGCGAGGAUAGCGAAGAAAGCGAGUUCGAGAUCAUCGACAGUCGUGAAUUAGCCAACAUCAAGAACGUAUGAUGAAAUGUUGGCCGAUGAACGCUGUGCUGCGAACACAUCGUGAGAUUCAAUCAAUAAUAAUUGUUGUUCCGGCACUAUCAAUGGAGAGCGCGCGAGUCUGUGUAUAACAAAACAAAAAAAAGGAAAAAAAAAUUUGUGGGAUUCUAUAAUAGGCCGUCGAUCAAUCUGUGUAAAAUGUACCUGGCUUUGUUCGCCGACGCCUGUAGGUGUCUUUUACUGCUUUUUUUUGUGAAAAAGAGAAAAAGAAAGAAAAAGUCGCGACGUGUCGUGUUUUAUCUCUGCAAAGCACUUACUCUCACCGAUGUGUAUGACGUUCCCAAUUUUCUAUGUCCUCGUCUACCCUUUACUUCUUUCUUACGUAUGUACCUAUCACGUACGUAUGCCUUUAUGAAUGUUUUUUGAUUUUAUCUUUUUUUUCUCAUUAAUUGAUCAUGCGUUUUACGACAAAACUAUGAAAUUUUAUUGUGGAAAGAGUACUACGUUUUUUGAUUGACUUAUUUUCUAGAAUUUAUUAUAUUUAAAAUUAUGAAACGAUUCGAUAUAAUCAACUACGUUUUCUGCGAAGUUAUAACGAUUUUAUUUUAACGCUUAAAUUUUUCAUACAGAAACUUUCGUGUGACGGGGAGCAACAAAACACAUGUUGCUUACUUUCUGCAGCAAGUCUGUAGUACUGAACGCGGAUAGAUCAAAUUUAUUUAUUUAUGUAUAAACAUACAUACCUAUUUAGUUACAUAAGUAGCAUAAUCGUAUUUAAUAUUUUUAAGAUUACAAGAAAAAAACAAUAAACCGUAUGUACAGUUCUGUCGUACACUCGAAUACCAAUGCAAACAGAAAAAAAAACAUUCAACAUAUUUAUGUAACAAGAGUGUGUGUCAUAAAAAUCAACUCAGACAAAUAGGUUCAAGAUC